AUGCCCGAGCCGGCCACCACCUCCCUCGACGCCGCCCUCGACGCCGCCCUCCGCUCUCGGCGGUCGGACCACGGCGGCGUCCCUGUCGGCGCGCUGCUCGUCCCAAAGCGGAAGCUCACGAGCUGUCGGGCGGCGCUCGAGGCGGCCGUCGGCGACCUGCGGCACGGCACGCGGUCCGACGUGCGGCACGCGCUCGUGGUUGACCGCGUCACGCCGGACAUGUUCUUGCUCCAUGUUCCUGCCACCGUCGCGGGCGUCCUCGACGAUCCGGCCGCCGCGCCGGCAGAGCUGGCCGCCGCCGUCGCCUCGGCGGUCGGUGCGAGCGGCGCAGUCUUCUACUCCGGCGUGCGGCGGUGCGACGCGCUGUUUGGGCGCGCGCUGCCGCCGCUUGCACCGCGGCCGGGCCCACCCGAGGCCUUCACCUUUGCAGAGGUCUUUGCCGGCAUCGGAGGCUUCCGGCUCGGGCUGGAGCCACUCGGAGGGCGCUGCGUCUUUGCGGCCGCGCUCGACCCGCGCGGGCGGGCCUCCUCUUCCUUGGCCCUUCUCGGAGCCUGGUCUGAGCCUUCGCGUAGGCCGAGCUCGACCGCGCCGCCAGCCGGGCGCGGAGAGCCCCGUGCGGGCGACAUCUCCAGCGUGCACGCCGCCGACCUGCCCGCCUUCGACCUGCUCACCGCCGGCCAGCUCUACCGCGAGCUGGUUCGGCGAGGCCAGCUCUACCGCGAGCUGGUUCGGCGAGGCCAGCUCUACCGCGAGCUGGUUCGGCUGCUGUCCGCGCGGCAACCGGCCGCCUUCCUCUUCGAGAACGUGGCCAGCCUCACGGAAGGCCGCACCUUUGCGCGCAUCGUGGAGGAGCUCUCGCAGUGCGGCUACGCGGUGUCGUGGAGGGUGGUCAGCGCUAAGGAGUGGCUGCCGCAGCAGCGGGAGCGCGUCUACCUGGUCGGGUUCCGACGCGACCUCGGCAUCGAGAUGCGGUGGGACGGCGUGCGCGGCGGCAAGCCGUCCUCCGCGCUGCGCGACGUGCUCGAGGCCCCUCGCAGCGAGGCGGCGGCGGCGUGCGAGCUGAGCGAGGCACAGUGGCAGCAGCUGCGCGGCCAACUCGCCUCAUUCAAGCGGUGGCCGGGCGCGCCGCCCUGCUCUCUGUCCGACAGGGCCGUCGACUUGUGCGCAAAGGCGCCGACGCUGACGUCGUCGUACCGGCACGUCUCGAACUACACGAGCCGGUACGUCUGCGAGGAGCUCGACGGCUCGCUCCGCGACGGCGGGCAGCGCAGGCCGCGCUUCCUGUCGCCGCACUUUCUAGACACCUCCUAG